CGUUCCUAAACGUCAGUCAGGCUACAGGGCGCUUGGGAGAAAGAGGGCAUGUUCUUUUCACAAUUAACGUAUCAGUCUCCUAACAAACUGUCCUUGAGUUGCUACUUGCUGUUUGAAGGCCAAUAAACCCCACACAAGUUAGGGUUAAUCAUCGUAGAGAGAGAACAAACAGCCUUGGAUAUUUCAACAGUGGGAGAGCGAGCGAAAGGACGUAUCAUACAGGUUUCCAAACAAUUAACAAGGCAGUCUAAGUUCAUGCUGGGAAGAUAUUCAACAUUAGGUAACUACAAAAUAGCAUGGAUUUUCUUAUGGCUUGUCAGUGCAACAAAUCAGUCAAGCAAAGAGAAGUACAUGCAGGCAUGUACAGACCAAGAGCUCUUCGUCAAUCUCGCGCCUCUUCAGUUUUCCUGCAGCGGCAAAAGACUUGGAGGAUAUUACGCUGACAUUGAGAGUUCCUGUCACGUAUUUCAUUUCUGUGGUCCAGGCUAUAAGGGCGGCGUUGCUGACCAUGUGUUCUGUUGUCAUCCGGAUUUGGUGUUUGACCAGAAAUUCCUGGUGUGCGACAGACCUGACACUGUGGACUGUGCUGGGUCUGCCCAGUAUUAUAACUUACAGUUUCGAAAUUUUCGCGACUACCCAGAGCUACAAGAUCAAGAAUUUGAUGAAAUUGCUACUACAGAUCUCACGUUGACACAAACAGUUCAUGAUAACACCAACGAACCUGACCAGUUAACUCGAAUGAAUUUCCGAAACACAUUAGUCACAGAAACGUUAGUGGAGCAAAAUAAGUUCAAGCCAACAGCAUAUUCAGAUAAUACUGUCGUAACGGGGGUAGUAACAAAAUUAGAAAACACUUCAGUUUAUCCUCAGAGGCAGAACACUGCUAGUAUUUUUGUGGAUACAAACUACGCUAGUUCAACGCCAUCUAUCUUAAAGAAUAAUUUUAACGAGCCAAUAGUAAAUCUCUUGGAUGCUAAUCGUUCAGGAAUGGAAGAACCCCUCUUAGAUUUCUCUGUGUUAUCAAAAAUGCAGAUUACCACUAACAAAUAUAUCAACGCUGGCCAACCUCCACCAGAAGCAGCAACAGUUUCUGUGACGUCAGAAUCAGAAAAAACUAUAGUAACAAAUUACGUUAAGACAGACACAGAAACGACUGCACUAACAGAUUAUAUGAUAUCAGAAUCAGAAACGUCAACAGAUUUCAUUACAUCAGAACUAAAACUAGGAACAAACAAUUCACUGAAACCGAAGUCAGAAAUAGCGACAUCAAAACCAUUUACUACCACAGUAAAAGGUCCCGCGACGUUAGAAACAGAAACUACAGUUGCAACAAAUUCUGUGACCUCAGAAUCAGUUCAUGCAACGUUAAUCAAUUCUGCUAUAUCAGAACCAGAAAUAAUAUUACAUUUCAUGACAUCCGAGCCAGAAACAACACAAUUAGCAGAUCCCAUGACAACAGAAUUAGAAAAAACAACAAAUUUAGCUAUAGCAGAACUAAAAACAACUGUCUCUCUGAAAACAGAAUCGGAAACAGAAGCCUAUUCCGUGACAUCAAAACCAAGUACAACAGUAUCUAUUCCCGCGAUAUCAGAAUCAGACACAUCAGGAUUAGUAGAUUCCGUGUCACCAAAAUCAGUUACAGCAGUAGCAGAUCCCGCAAUAUUGGAACCAGAAAGAAAUAUAAUAACAAAUAUCGGUUUAUCAGAGCCAGUUACGACAGUAAGAAAUCUCAUCUUAUCAGAUCCACAAACUACAAUAGAAAUAAAUACUUUGUUAUCAGAGCCAGUUACAACAGCAAGAAAUUUAACUUUACUAGAGCUACUAACAACAACAGUAGUGAAUUCUGUGAUAUCAGAACCUAUUAAGAAAGUAGAACAUUCCAUUUUAUCAGAGCCACAUAUAACAAUAGCAACAAAUACUGUGUUAUCAGAAUCAGUUACAUCAAUAAGUAAUCCCAUUUUACUAGAACCACAAACAACAAUAGUAACAAGUUCAGUGAAACCAGAAUUAUCUACGACUGUAACAUAUCCUGUGAUAUCAGAGCCAGAAACAACAACAGUAACAAAUUCCGUGACUUCAGAACCAGUUACAACAUUAAGAAAUCUCAUUUUAUCAAAGCCACGAACAACAAUAGUACCAAAUUCAGUGAUAUCAGAACCAGUUACCACUGUAACAUAUACUGUGAUAUCAGAGCCAGAAACAACAGUAACAACUUCUGUGACGUCAGAACCAGUUACCACUGUAACAUAUCCUGUGAUGUCAGAGCCAGAAACAACAAUAACAACUUUUGUGAUGUCAGAACCAGUUACGACUGUAACAUAUCCUGUAAUAUCAGAGCCAGAAACAACAACAGUAGCAAAUUCCGUGACGUCAGAACCAGUAACAACAUUAAGAGAUAUUAUUUUAUCAGAGCCACAAACAACAACAGUACCAAAUUCAGUGAUAUCAGAACCAGUUACCACUGUAACAUAUCCUGUGAUAUCAGAGCCGGAAACAACAGUAACAACUUCUGUGACGUCAGAACCAGUUACCACUGUAACAUAUCCUGUGAUGUCAGAGCCAGAAAUAACAAUAACAACUUCUGUGAUGUCAGAACCAGUUACGACUGUAACAUAUCCUGUGAUAUCAGAGCCAGAAACAACAACAGUAGCAAAUUCCGUGACUUCAGAACCAGUAACAACAUUAAGAAAUAUUAUUUUAUCAGAGCCACAAACAAUAACAGUACCAAAUUCAGUGAUAUCAGAACCAGUUAUCACUGUAACAUAUCCUGUGAUAUCAGAGCCGGAAACAACAGUAACAACUUCUGUGACGUCAGAACCUGUUACGACUGUAACAUAUCCUGUGAUAUCAGAGCCAGAAAGAACAACAGUAACAAAUUCCGUAACUUCAGAACCAUUUACAACAUUAAGAAAUCUCAUUUUAUCAAAGCCACGAACAACAAUAGCACCAAAUUCAGUGAUAUCAGCACCAGUUAUCACUGUAACAUAUCCUGUGAUAUCAGAGCCAGAAACAACAGUAACAACUUCUGUGACGUCAGAACCAGUUACGACAGUAAAAAAUGCCAUUUUAUCACAUCCAAAAACAACAAUAGUAACAAAUGGCGUGUCAUCAGAACCAGUUAUGACAGUAACAGAUUCCGAGACACCAGAACUCGAAAGAACAACAAACUUUGUAACAACAAAGUCAGAAAUAACACAGUUAACAGAUUCAAUAACAUCAGAAUCAGAAGCGAUAACAGUUUCCUUGACAACAGAAAAGGGAACCGAUUCCGUCGCAUCAAGAGAUUCAACUGUUGAAUCUAAGACCACUAUCGGUAAGAGUAAAAAUGUGAGCGUUUGAGAAUAAAUCUUAAACCUCACCACGUAACUUCAAGCUCUAGACAACAAUUCCUUAAUAACCAUAAUAAAUCAAAAGAAUGCUAAGAAGUGUAAUAUAACAGAACCAGAAAAUAUUUUUUUUAACAGCUUACACCAUCAGAGGAUUCAGAAGACGCUUUUAUCGUAACCGAAGCAGCACGUGAUGCUCCCUUAGCAACGGAUAAAAACUAUUUUAGCUCUUUAUCAGGAAAUUAUAAUUAAAACAAACGACAUACUUCUGUCACUGAAUUCUUUCUUAUCGACCAAUGAGUACAACUUUGGAAAUAUUUAUUGAAAAUGCAAGCAGGCCCGUUCUCAGAGGUUUAAAAGUCCUGUUGUGAAUAGGAAAUGAGGGGGCUGUUUUAACAACUCUCUGAGUGUAGAAAUUUCGUGUGUAUUUUAUUAUAACUCAAAUCAAAAUCAGAAAUCGAGUCUAAAAAAAACUGUAAACAAAAUAAGUCAGAAUGUUGCUAUUGUUAAUUAAGAUUCAGGUUACAUAACCUCGAGAUCAGUGUUUACUAUAAUGUGUUUGUGGGGUCUACACGACGUAUAUCACGCCCACUCACAGGUUACUUGUAUCCUAGAGAUCAACUUUCAGUAUAAACAACAUUAUGUUGUUUUUUGUUGUUGUUUUUUGUCAGGGGGUGAUUGAGAGGGGGGGGGAUUCUGGACACGUUCUUUCCCUCUCUGGAGAAUCUUUGCCCAAGGUUCCUGAUACACAUCCAAUUCCAACCGUGGCAACUGCCUUGUAUUUUUGCAAGAUUACUUUUGUAUUAUAAUUAUUCCUAUCAAUAAAGUUUAAGGUUAAAA